CAGUGGCAGAGGUGAGUCGCCGCUGCUGUUCACUCGGCUCCCUGCUCUGCGCUGGGAGAAAGCGGCCGACGGAUUAUCCAGCUCGGUAACGUUAGCACGUCGGCUAACGGAUCACGGCAAGCAACCGAGAAGAACCAUGAAAAGCCGCCGGAGCCGGUGAAAGUUAGUCACGGCUUACUUCGAGACUUUAAUGUACGGACAUAUACAAAGUAGGAGGUUUGCGGAUCAUGCCGUCUCCCCCAACGGGGACUUUUCUCUAGAAUUUCCACUUGGGAAAGGCUAGCUCAGGGGCUAGCGAGGCUACAAACUAUUUUUAAUUGGCUUUGGGCUUCAAUGGCUCUCGCUUGUUUUUCCCUGUCAUAGCGACAGAUCGGGAAAUUAAAACGGGGGAGAGGCCCUGCGAACUUCAUGACAAACCAAAGCCUGGCUUUGAAGCGUUACUUCGGAAGACUAGAGUGGCAAAGGACUGAAAAUGAAGAAGCAGUUCAAUCGGAUGAAGCAGCUCGCCAAUCAGACAGUUGGCAGAGCAGAGAAAACAGAAGUCCUCAGCGAUGACCUCCUACAGAUUGAACGGCGCAUGGAGCUGGUGCGUGUCGUGUCCCACAACACGCACAAGAGGAUGGUGUCGUGUCUACAGGGACACAUCGGUGCAGAUGCAGAGAAGAGACAUUCCGUACCACGCCUCUAUACAGGAAAUGGUCAGAAAAAGCUUCCUCUGACAGCACUAUCCCAAGCGAUGGUGGAAGGUGGAAAUCAGCUGGGAGAAGACUCCUUGAUAGGGAAGAUGAUGGAAGUGUGCGGCGAGGCAGAGAAUCGUCUGGCAUCAGAACUGAUGCAACACGAGCUGCAGAUAGAGAAGGACGUUCUGGAUCCCCUCAGCCAGCUAGCAGAGGUGGACAUCCCUAACAUCCUGAAGCAGAGGAAGCAGCUGGCCAAACUGGUGCUGGACUACGAUUCUGCCCGAGCAAGAUGGUUGCAGGCAACCAAGUCAAUAAUCUCAGGAACAAAUACACAAGCACUGACGGCCAAGGCUGACCUGCUCAAGGAGGAGGUGGAUGAGGCCAUGAACAAAGUGGAGCUUUGCAAGGAUCAACUCGCCGCAGACAUGUACAGUUUUUUCUCUAAAGAAGGCGACUAUGCCUGCUACUUCGUGACGCUCUUAGAAGCUCAAGCUGAUUACCACAGAAAGUCCCUCACUCUUCUGGAGAGUGUCUUGCCAACCAUCCAGGCUCAGCAAGACUCGUGGACAGAGAAACCUGCGUUUGGCACGGGGCUGGACGAACACCUGAAAAGGAGCGGAAGGGAGAUCGCCCUGCCAAUAGAAGCCUGUGUCAUGAUGCUUCUAGAGACUGGCAUGAAGGAAGAGGGUCUAUUCAGAAUCGCAGCAGGGGCAUCCAAGCUAAAGAAGCUGAAGGCCGCACUGGACUGUUCCACUUCACAGCUGGAGGAGUUCUACUCUGACCCCCACGCAGUUGCUGGAGCACUGAAGUCCUACCUGAGGGAGCUCCCUGAACCUCUAAUGACCCACCAGCUUUAUGAUGAAUGGAUCCAGGCAUCCAGUGUGUCAGACCCAGACAAGAGGCUCCAGGCACUCUGGGUUGUAUGCGAUAAGUUACCAAAGAACAACAAAACCAACCUGAGGUACCUGGUGAAGUUUUUGGCCAAACUGGCUCAGGACAGCGAGGUGAACAAAAUGACUCCUAGCAACAUUGCUAUUGUCCUGGGACCCAAUCUGCUCUGGGCCAAGACUGAAGGGAGUCUGGCUGAGAUGGCUGCAGCUACCUCUGUGCACGUGGUGGCCAUCGUGGAGCCCAUCAUCCAGCACGCAGACUGGUUCUUUCCUGAGGAUGUGGAGUUCAACGUGUCCGGCAUGUUUUCGAUGCCCAUACCUGCAUCCAACCACAACAAUCACUUAGAUUAUGACAGUGGAACCAUUGAGAGGAAGAGGCCCGGCAGCAUGGUGGGACCAGAGAACGACACAACGCGCAAAGACAACACCCCUAACAAGCACUCGGACCACACUCUUCGUAGAGGCAGUAACACCUUAGGUAGAAAGCAGCACACUUCACCUGCCUUCCAGCCUCCUUUACCCCCCGUGGAGGCUCAGGGGCAGGGGCACGGGGCCGGGCAGGUCCCCCAGCCCACGGCCGAGCCCCAGCCCCAGCUCCAUCCGCAGGCGCAAGCUCCUCCAGGGGGCUCAGGGCCUGACGCUGCCCAGCAUAGCUUGGCACAGGGCUUGGCUGCACUUGCAGCCGCUCAGCAGCUUCUAGCCCAGCACACAGAAGAGCUCAGCAACCCAAAGCUACGCGACUCCACACCCACCCCGACCCCUCUGCUCCAGAGGAAUGGCUCUGGAGGAGGGGGCCAUGCUGCAGGACAGCUGGGCACUGGGGCUGGAUCCAUGGGGCCCAGUCCUCAUAUGAUGCGCAGAGGUACCAAGAAGCAGGCUCCUGCCCCUCCCAAACCGACAAACCCUCCUCCCAGCCAGCCCUGUAAUUCAGUCAACCACACCUCCUCCUCAGGCUCAUCCCAGUCCCUCAGCCCCACUCCCAGACCCCUGUCCAGCCACUCGCCCACCUCGCCCACCCUUCCCGCCUCCCAGCCAUGUGCCACGCCCAGACGCCACUCCAGCAACCAGCCGCCGAUCCAGGCGCCCAGCCAUCCGCCCCCAGAGCCUCCGACGCAGGCCAGCCCUCCGACGCCUCCCGCGCCACUCGGCCAGUCCGGCGGGGACCAGCAGAGCGCGGACCCCUCGCCUCCGGGCACCCCGACCCCUCCAGACACCCCUCCGCCCUCUGCUGCCACACAGGAUGCAGUCGCUCCUCCGUCCCCGUCUCCCUACCAGUCGGGCUCUCUUCCCCGGCCUCGGCCCGUCCCCAAACCCCGGAACAGACCCAACGUCCCACCACCACCCCAACCCACCGCACUGACCACUGAUACUAAUGGGAUCUGUGCCACUGCUUACAAGAUGAUGGACCCGGCCAUGUCUUUCAAAGGGCUGAGUCGAGCUUUGGUCCCUGAGCUCGCUGUAGACCAGCAGCCAGCGACGGCCCCCUCUUCUUCCUCCUCCUCCUCUUCCUCAUCCUCCUCCUCCUCCUUGCCUCCUCUCAGAGACUGUGACCUGGACACCGAGAGCACUGUCCUAUAAGGAGGAGACGAUGACACGGUCCGGUGCAGUACCCCCUGUGCAUCUCUUCUCAUCAUACACACACCUCGUUUAGUCUCUGUUUUUUUUUCGUCCUGGCUCAUAUCUGCAGCGCCUCCUCAGAGAGACCAACUUCUGCUGUUGUCUCCUCUCCCGGUCCAGUGUAAAUGAAGGACUUUAAUGUGACGUGAUGCACCUUCCGGCAGCCAUGAUGGAGGUCCCAGAGCUCUUGGUCGAUAAUUGCUGUGAUAGUAGCAGAACUGACUCACAAAUCUGGUGGUUUAUGUGUUGAAAUCUCAGCUUUUUGAAAGGGAAACCAAAGUAUCUCAUCUUGUUGUAAGAACAUUGGAUUUGCAAGCUGACUCAUUAUAUUAACAUCACUUAGUUUCGAAAUUACUGAUGUAAAUUAUUUGGAUUAGUUGGAAUCCAAAAAGUUAUCUUCAUGUUAUACACGUAGAAGCUUGGAACACGUCAUAGAGCUGAAAGUCGAUGAAUCGGCAACAACUUUCAGAAUUAAUUCAACAGUUUUUGAGCAAAAUGAAAGAAAUUCACUGGUUCCAGUUUCUCAAAUGCAAACAUUUGCUGCCAUUUUUUUCUUCUGUCAUAAUAAACCAAAUAUCUUUCGCUCAGACAAAAUGAGAAACCUGAAUAUGUAAACUUAGAUUCUGGGAAAUAAUAAUUGACAUUUUUUUUUUACUAUUAUGGACAUUUUAUAGACCAAACAAUGACUCAAGAAAAAUAAUCGGUGGGUAAAUCACCAUGUCGGAUCAUUCGCUGACCUCUGCUCACACCUCCGCUAUUUCUUCAUGCAUCUCUCAUUUCCAGCCUUUCUGUUAAAGCCGUUAUUAUACGCCCAGUCCUCUUGACCUCCAUUAUGGUGCCAGAUGGGGUUGCGAAGGAGACUUGUGACACAGAGACUCUGCACUGCAACACAUCCACCCACGCACACCACCACCUCUAUCUUAAUGCUGCGCUCCCUGCAGAACAAGCUCCAGACAAUCAGCAACAAACAGCAGUGUGUGAGGACCGCUGAUUCACCUGUAACGCCGUCAGACUGUGUUAAUGAUGCAAAGCAAUACGAAGCGUGGGUACUGACUGAACAAGGAAGAACUGAGUUGUGGUGGGGGUAAUGGGCAAAGCCAAAAUAUGGACUGACGAGACCCGUUUGGAAUUUGGUGUGAGGUGUUUUGUAAUUUUUUUUUUUUUUUUUUUUUUUUUUUUUUUUUUUCAAUUUUGAAAAAUGGCCUUAGAAGAAGAACUUAAAAAAAAGUGAUUUAUUUCUACAGCACAAGGGGAAGGGGAGGUUUAAAGGUCAGCAAGUGAAGUAGAAACCAAAACUGUUGCUUAAAGUGUAGCUGGUGACUGCAGGUUUCCAGUCGUCUCAAACACUUGAUUUCCCUUUUUUUUUUGUAUGGAAACCCCCCCCCCCCCGUCCUUUCUUUCCCUUCUCACUCUUGUAUUUAUUUACCCAGUUUAAAAACACACAUUCCCUGUGGCUUGACAUAAUUAAUGCAGUCUUUAAAUGUAAAUCAUGCCUUAUCGGUUCCUCCCAGAACCUCGUAAUAAGCAUUAUAUAUUUACUGUACGGAGGAUAUACUUGGCUCCUAGUACUACAGUAUUUCCAAGAAGCUGUCUUGGCUACAGUUAUGUUUCAGGGAUGUAAGGAAGGUGAUCUGACCCUCUGCAAUAGAAAGACGUGUAUGGUUCUGUAUCGUUCCACAAAAGUUGUGUUCAAAUUGUGUUGAUUUCUUUGGGUUUUUCUAAGCAGACGUAGCAGGGUGAACUACCCUCCCAGCCUGAACGCAGUCAGUAUUUAGCCUUUCUGUUUGGUUCCCCCCCUCCCAUCUGUCUUUGUGUUUUCUCUGGUGUUUGCUGGGAGCAUUACACACAACAGGCUGUGUGCGAGUGAAUGUAGUGAAUGGACAGUUUUUAGCAGCCUCUCCAUCCUGAACAGAAAGACGCAUAAACAGCUGAUAUUGCACUUGAGCGCAGGCCAAUAAGUGGUUUCCUAGUUUAGAGGAAUUUUUUUUUUUUUUUUUUCUCCCCCCCACUCUUUCCCACUGAGCUGAGAGCACACGGCGCUGUGAAACCUCAGUAGUGAUGUGGUGUAAGAUUUUGCCAGGUCAAAAGAUUUAAG